CAUGUAUCAUUUUAAUAUGUUUUAUCCUUCUAGUGAGGAAAUUUUGAAUCAGCUGUAUAAAGUUUUAUGAGUGAUGCUUUAUCAUUUUUGCAUGCAUAUUUUUAUUUCUCUUUUAACGUGUAAUUUUUCAAAAAGAUGAUUUAUUAUAAUUUUCAUGUUAACUUCUUUUAUUUAAUUUAGUAAUUUCAUGAUUCAGAUUUAGUUAACUCUUUUUUAAAGCAAAGAAGUUUAGAUAAAUGUACUUUUAUGACUAAUAAGGAAACAGAAAAGGGAUCAAUUUAAAAUGAAAAAUGGGAUGAUUUUAAACAAUGGGUGCUAAAGAUGAUGAACUGUUCAUAUCUUCUGGAGACUGAGUACAUUCCUACAAUGGAAGAAGCAGUGACUGCUUUAGGAGAAUUAAGCAUAGGAUUGGUGAUCCUAGGAGGCAUUGUGACUACUGGAAUCUACUGCAUAUAUAUUGAAGAGUUGAUUUACUUGUAUCGCAACUGGCCAGUAAAGUUUUUUCUUCUGAAACUUGGAUGCCUCAGUAUAUUUCCUCUUGUUGGCUCCUGCUUCUUCCUAAAUCUUCUGAUCCCUCGUGCUACAGAAUACACAACUAAUACAGUUAUUUUAUCCUUGCCAGCUCCAUUAGUUUUGUUUUUCUGGGUUGUAAUUGGAUAUGCAUCAAAAGAACGGCAUUUAUUGGAAAGAUUAGAAGACAAACUGAUACCUCUUCAAGGUCCACCAUGCUGUUGGUUUUGUUUGUGUUGUCCCAAAUUACCAUUUUCAAAACAACGUUUCAAAGUAGUCAAAGCUUGUAUAUACCAGUUUUUUUUAACGCCAGUCAUUUUAUUUAUUAUUGCAACUGUCUGUUCAAAAUAUGGAGUAUUUAAAGAAUUAAAAUUUGUGCCAGAUAAUGCUGCUCCAUAUCUUGUGGGUCUGAACUUUGCCUCGUUUUUCAUUGGAGUAUAUGGACUUGUUAUUUUCAUGAAGACCACUUCGAAACUCCUCCAUGGGUUUCACAUCCAUGGUAAAUUCCUCUCCUUGCAGCUGCAGUUUAUUUUAGUACGCUUCCACUUCUUUACAUUCGAUACACUUGGAAGACUUGGAUUCUUUCCUUGCCACCCACCAGUAUCCUCAUUGAUGACAGCUCUUUACAUAAGAAGUGCCUUGCUUUUGGGAGAAGGCUUCAUUUUGUCUGUGGUUGGAAGAUUCUUUUUCCUUCAUGCUCCUCCCCCUCACUUUGUGAGUGUAGUGGAUACAACCCAUUCGAUCAAUCAGAAUGCAUAAAUGAAACAAGAUAUGUACAGAUUUAAUUUAUUUUGCUGUGAAAGAGGUGAAGAAUCUAUUUAGUAUAUUUACAUAAUUUCAAAUCUGUCCUUGUCAGUUUUUUUGUUCAUUAAUGAAUAUAGAUAUUAAAUAUCCAAUUUAUUUUCUAACUAGAUAUUGAAACUGAAAUGCACUUAUUAUAAAUAUUUAAAUUAAUAUCAUGCCCAAAUCAGUGAUCUGAAGAGUUUGUAAUGGGAAAUGGGAAUAUCUUUGACAGUUGUCAAGGACUACUAUUUAUUAUGAACAAGAAUAUGGAUUUUAUGAUUAAUAUAUGAAUUAUUAUCUGAAUUAUAUGGUUAUUAGUAUUAUUUUUAUAGACAUUUUUUAUAUUUACUGUGAUUGCUUUUAUCAAUUUUAAUGCAUUUUUAUUUAUUUUUAAAAGUGCAUUUUAUUUUAUGUAACAUAUAUUUAAAUUUAUUAUUUAUUACAUAUGUUUUUGAUUUUUAUAUGUGAGAAAAAUAUCAUAUACAUAAUUCCAUUAACAAUUAUUCAGUAUUUACAUCCUUUUUAAGCAUUCCUAAUUCCAUUAUUUAACUGUGAUGAAGAGAGAUGUAAAUUUUGUUUAUUGAGUAAGCUUACAGUAAGUUUAGAUUUACUCCAAAGUUUACA